AUGGCGUACUCCAAGUUCUGGCCCAAGGGCGGCGUCCCGGGCAUCCUGCACCAUUACACCGAGAGUCUCAUGACGUUCGAGUUCACCACCAACACCGUCCGCAAACCCCACAGCCUCGUCUUCAUCGGCGGCCUGGGCGAAGGGCUCGGCUCGACGUCGUACAUGGCCGACCUGGCCCGCGCCCUGCAGCCGACCGAAUGGUCCCUCUUCACCCUGAGCUUCACGUCCUCCUACAACUCGUGGGGGCUGGGCCACCUGGACCGCGACACGGACGAGAUCGCCCAGUGCCUGCGCUACGUCAAGGACUACAAGACGGGCAAGUACGGCAACUCCGGAAAACUCGUCCUGAUGGGCCACUCGACCGGCUCCCAGCACGUGCUGCACUACCUCUACCGCCCCAACCCGCACACCUCGGCCAAAGCUUUUGAUGCUGAUCUGCAGCACGUCGAGCGCCUGCCGCUCGACGGCGCUAUCAUGCAGGCCCCGGUCUCGGACCGCGAGGCUAUGCAGUGGGUGCUGCACUGGGGCUGGUUGGGGAAGACGCCGAGCGAGACGCGCGCCGUGUUCGACGAGCUGCUCGCGCUGGCGAAGAAAAAUGCCGCGGACGAUCAGGCCUGCGACUUCCUGCUGCCGCUGCACAUGACGUCCGCCAUCGGCUACCAGAACACACCGCUGAGUGCGCGGAGAUUCCUCAGUCUGGUCAGCCCCGAGAGCCCGCAGGCGCCGCGGGAGGAUGACUUGUUCAGUUCGGAUCUGAGCGAUGAGCAUCUGAAGACGACGUUUGGCAUGAUUCGUCAGCGUCAGCUGUUGAGGUAUAAGCUGAUGGUCAUGAUGUCUGGCGCGGAUCAGUCGGUGCCGGAUUGGAUUGAUAAGGAGAAGUUGAUGGCGAGGUGGAGGAAUGCUACUGAUCAUAAUGGGGAAGCAAAGAUUUGGGAUCAGGACUUUAGUGGUAUCAUACCGAAUGCUUCUCACGCGCUGAGCAACGAUGACCAGGCUGAGCCACGGAAGGAUCUUUGCGAGAGGGUGUUGGGGUACUUGUAUGCAUCAGAGCGGGUGUAA